UAUAGAGCAGCAGUAAUCUCUUCAUGCCUUCAGAUACAAAACAUACAUUUCCUAGUGCAUUAUCUAAUGCAAAACAUUUACUUAAUAGAGGAUGCUUUUAAAAACUUCUCCAACAAACAUAUUGUUUUGCCUCAAAUAUAUAUAUUUUAACCCAGUGGAUUUGGAUUAUGUUAAUAUGGACAUGUGCUUUUCGAAGUUUGCCAUUGUCGACCCCCUUCAAGAAUAACACGAGGGCAUUAAUAUAAAAUUAUUUGUUUGUUUUCAGCUAAAAAAAGUAAGUGAAAUACAUCUGUCAUGGCAUUAAGGUGAGAAAAUUUGAAGAAAAAAAAUAAAAUAAUAAUGUGCAAAGAUUGCACAAAUCCAAACCAUUCAGGAAACGCAAAAACACAUCUAAUUGUAAAGAGCUCUGAGAUCAGCUGUGUCAUUAGUGUCAAUAUAUCACUAACGGUUAUGCCCAUGGUACACAUUGAUCUGUUUUCAGGGGUGUAAAUGACUGGUUUUGAAUAGGGUCACAGAUGCAUACUUUGAAUAAUUGCAGUGCCAGAUGUCACCCUGUUGGUGACCUUAGCCCAGAGCCUAAUAUAAACCUGAUAACAAAUAAACCAUAUUACCGCGGCUAUAAAAUCAUCAGAAUAAUACUGUGUGUGAACACAAGGACAACUGAAGCUAAUGCAUGACAUUUUAUUCUAAUACAUCAACCAUUAUUGGUUAAUGCCAAACUUUUGAUGGCAAGUGACCGUACACAUGGAGAACCACACACACACACAUAUGCAAACACACAGUGCAUACAUUAUUACAGACCAAGCCCUGCAGUUGGAAUGGCUAAUCCAGGUUUAUGCUUCUACGGGCCGACCUUCACUGGGCCAAAUUGAGGAUAUUCAUCAUGUGCCUACUGAGAAAAGACACUUUCUCUCUCUCUCUCUCUCUCUCUCUCUCUCUCUCGUUUCAUGGCACAGUCAGGGAUGUCUUACUGAACUGCCGAAUCGACCCUGUGCUGACUUCUCUUUUCCGGUCAGGGGAAUUCAAAAGCUUCACAAUUCAUAGGGAAGAAACGGUACAGACUAAAUGCAGUAGUGCGAGACAGCAGACAUGUAAUUGUAAACUGUUCAACGUACUACUGCCUGGAAGUGAAUGUUAUCCACAAAACUGGGUCAGCCUGUCACAACUAAGCUGCAGCCAGGAUUCAAGGUCUCCAGUUUUGAACAAAAUGUGAUAUUGCACCAAACCAACCCCAAGCGAAGGAAUGUUACUGUAAGUUUGAGAAGACCUCCAUUGUCGAGGCUAAAAUGUUGAAGACGGAGGCUUCGGCAGAGAGGAAUACCCUGAGGAGUGCUUCUCCACACCGAAAUGCCUACAGGGCAGAGUUUCAGGCUCUAAAAAAGGCCUUUGAUCAACCUAGGCAGGAUGGAGAUCCUAAGCCUCAAGACCAACAGGGGGUCAGGCAACCUAGAGGAAGGCAGUAUGGUGCCCAUGUCAGUCGUAUCAAAAACAUGUUCAUGCAGAUGGGGACUGAGAACCCCGGGUCGAACAAACGAGGAGGGGAUGAAACCUCCCCGCAGAAACUCACCAAGCCAACAAACUUUAUAAACAAGGCGGAUGGGUCAGUAAUCAAGUUCCAGCAUGGUAAUGGAGAGCGGACUGGUGGUGGCCAUCACAAGUCAAAGUUCUCAGAAACAAGGAAACUGUUUGAGCAGAGCUCCAGAGAUGCUUCACAGUCACCUGUGUACUCUUACGGUAAAGAGAAGAGGGGUUCUCACGAGCAUUUGGAUGACUGGCGGGGGGCGCGUUCAAACAGAGGAAGUACGGACUCUUUGGACAGUCUUUGCUCCAGGACGGAGGCUUCAUCACCCACUGUGAGUCAGCUCAGUGCUGUGUUCGAAAAUGUAGACCAGCAGAACUCUGGUGCUACUUUUAAAAGAGGAAGGGGGCUGUACUCCCCGGAUGGUCUACAGAGACAUGGGGAUGCCAGCGAAGACGAUACCAGCGCACGCCAGUCUCCGUCGUUUGGUUUUUACAGGACGCGAGUAGGUAGCAAGCACAAUCUGCCAGUUUCUUCCUCCUCAGAAGAUCUUCUCAGUCCUAGCCCUCUGUCAGAAGGAGGAGAUCAGGUGAAACCGGGUGAGAAGAAGCCCCAGGAGGGGCCAGUAGAGACAGAAAGCGUAAAAGUGGACUCAGAUACUGCUGAGGUGAUUGAUAGAUCCAGUGAACCAAAACACAGAGUAGACGUGAAAUCAACCGACGCCGUGGAAAGUUCUUUAACCUUGGCUCAAGUCAAUGACACUGCAAUUUGUGACACAACUUUAGGAAAUUCAACUGAGGCUGCAUCCAUCAAGACCUAUGAGGACACAGACACUCAUUUGAAAGAGGAGUCUGGCCAGAUUACAAAGGAUCAAGUAGAGGAACCCACUGAGAAAUACUGUGGGAAUGAAAGAGUUGUUUUCAAUGCGGAUGGAGAUGCUUGCUAUCAGGGCUGGGGGGAGAGUUGCACAGACCUGGAUGAUGAUCUAUAUGAUGAGGACAUUUCUUAUGACCCUGGAUCAGAGAUCAUAGAGAUUCCAGGUCUUCCAGAGGAGGACAAGGAUGAUGUUCCGCAAAAAAGGAAAAUUAAAUUCAGUUCUGCUCCUAUAAAAGUGUUUAAAACCUACUGCAAUGAAGAUUAUGACCGGAGGAAUGAGGAGGUGGACCCGGUGGCAUCAUCAGCUGAAUAUGAGCUGGAGAAAAGAGUCGAGAAGCUGGAACUUCUCCCUGUGGAACUAGAAAAAGAUGAUGAUGGACUCGGGAUCAGUAUUAUAGGAAUGGGGGUUGGUGCUGAUGCAGGCCUGGAGAAGCUGGGCAUUUUCGUCAAGACUGUCAUAGAGGGCGGAGCAGCAGAGAGAGAUGGAAGAAUUAAGGUGAAUGAUCAAAUAGUAGAGGUGGAUGGCACCAGUCUGGUGGGAGUUACUCAAAGCUUCGCUGCUUCUGUCCUGAGAAACACGCAAGGAAUAGUCAAGUUUGUGAUUGGCCGAGAGCGUCCGGGACAGCAGAGCGAGGUGGCUCAGCUCAUCAGUCAAACUCUGGAGCAGGAGAGACGUCAGAGAGAAAUGAUGGAGCAGCAGUAUGCUCAAUACGAUGCUGAUGAUGAUGAGACAGGAGAGUACGCCACGGAUGAGGAAGAGGAGGCGGGACAGACGGCAACAGACCGAGACGUUGCCAUUGAGGUUUUCGAUUUACCAGAAAACGAGGACCUCAUUUCACCAUCUGAACUGGAUGCCACCAAACUUUAUCAGAAGUUCAGAGAGCUGCAGAUUAAACACACUGUCACUGAAGCUGAGAUCCAGAAACUCAAAAACAAGCUGGCAGCAGUGGAAAAAGAGAAGGCACGGUGGGAAAGAGAGAAGACACAGCUGAAGCAAAGCAUCGAGGACAACAAGGAGAGGAUGCUGAAACUUGAGAGCUACUGGAUCGAGGCUCAGACGCUGUGCCAUACGGUCAAUGAGCAUCUGAAGGAAGCGCAGAGUCAGUAUCAGACCUUAGAGAAGAAAUACAACAAGGCCAAAAAACUCAUUAAGGACUUCCAGCAGAGAGAGCUGGAGUUCACCCAGCGAGAGGUUGCAGAGAAGAAGAAGCUGGAGGAGGUGGAGAAGAAUCAUUUGGCUGAAAUUCAAAGCCUUCAGUUAAGGAUUGCUUCUCUGGAGUCAGAACUGAUGCAGCUGAUGAAACAAAAUGGCAUCCAGAUAAACAAUAACAACAACAGCGCGGAGAGCCGAGCACAGUUGACCGAGAGAUUAAUAGCUUUACAGUGUCCGAGGAGAAACUUGCCUGAUAGGGAACUGUGUGAGAUGACGGGAGUCACUGGAGCACAGAGAACUGAGAGCCGUUCUGCCGAGAAACAGAGCCUGGAAGGAAGGGGCUCUGGGCUUCAAACCUCCAGUGUCUCUGAUGGCAUAGUGGAUCCUCUCAGGGACCUGCAACGUCAGCAGGGACCUAAUAAUGAAGUUUCCAGCUCUUCAGUGAGUGAAGCGGAGAAAUCCAGCAAAAAGCUACUAGACUUAAGGUCAUCACUGAAGAAAAGUAAAGGGAAAGAGCAGGAUUCAAAAGCAUCUCCUGGUAUAAGCUCCACAGAACCUUCAGGAGAGAACAGUCCUGACAGAGGCACGAGAAAGGCUUCUGGAGCCUUUGAUGAUCUCAGCAUCAGCAGUGCCAGCUCACCAGAGCUCAGUGGUGCCCUACCUGUUGUUAAGAUGUCUGGUCGACAAAUACUAACAUUUUCUUCAGAUGAGAGUGUGGAUAUGUUUGAAAACGAGGUGCUGGAUGAGGGUCAGCCUCCCAAACAUUACCAGUGGCAGAACCGCAGUGUGACAGAGUGGACAUGUCAACAGGUGUCCUGCUGGCUCAUUGGUCUGAACCUGGAACAGUAUGUCUCUCUUUUCACUGCUAAGAAUGUGGAUGGAGAGCAUCUACUGAAGCUGGACAGUUCAUCCCUGAAGGAUCUGGGCGUGGAGUCGUCUCAGGAUCGGGCUCUUAUUAAGAAAAAGUUAAAAGAUCUGAAGGUGCUGAUGGAAAAAGCUUGCAGAAACAGAGAGAAAAUGGAGAAACGACGUGAAAAACUGCGAAAGAAGGAACUGGAACAGGUUCAAAAACAGGUCCGGAAAAAUGGCAAAUCCUCCGGACCAGGAGAGGGCGCCACUGAAUGACAUCACUUCCAUACUAUUUCACCUUGAGCAGCAUUGCAAGUAGCAAUGAAUUCAGAAUUUCAAUAGUUCUUCUUCACAAAAGGGGCUUAUUGUCAUUGAGCUGCCGCUGGAUGAACAGAAACCAAACUGUCUGAAUAAGGAUUUUCUGGUCUUUACUAAACAUUUUAAAUUCAGGUUUUUCUUGUUUUUGCAGAAUGAUCAUUUUUGUUUUCCUUGUUUUAGGUCGGAUUAAUAUAUAUAUAUAUAUAUAUUUAUUUGCAUUGAAUAAUAGGUAUAUGUUAAACAAGAGCAUAUCAGCGUAUAACUCAUGACUGCAUUACAAGCACCUUUAGAAAUUGAGACAAUGUACAUAUGCAGGUAACGUGAAUAUGAAAAUGUGCCAUUUUUCUAUCCAAACCAAGAUGUGUAUUUUGUCCAAGAGGCAGGAAAGCUUUAUAACGACGGCUUUGCUAAAGCACAGGUCAUAGUGAUGGACGGUGUCGUUGUCAUGGUCACGAUUAAUGGUUCAUUUGUCUCAAAGACUUUGAGUGCUGCUCACAAGAACCACUACAAUCUGAUUUACUGGGAUACAGAAAACCUUACUGUGAGAAGAAAGCCAUUCCAGAUAAUGAAAUACUCUAUAAUGACCUCAAAGUCCUUUUGUGGAUACUCUACUGUAUACUUCGAACCCAGUGUUUGGAUCUCCUUCAACGACCUGCCAGUAUUCAAGUCUGUCCCAAUAAGUUUUCCUUUGAGCUUGAAACUACUGAUCUUUGAAAGACAUACAUACGCGAUGGCAACUUGAUAAUAAACUAUUUCAGGAGUCCACCGGUUUAAACUCUACCCCAAAGACGCAAGCUGUGUACCCUAAAACAAAAAAGAGAAAUCAAGAAAAAAAUACUGCUAGACCCUGUGCUGCUUUUAUUCCAUAGAUACCUGCUUUGACCCUCUACAUUGCCCUGAGAUAGAUUCUCGCUUAGACCUGCGUGCUGCCUUUUGAAAUGCUAUAGUUUUUGUUUUUUUGUGGUUUGCGGUUUUAUUCUGGACACACAAAUGUGUAAAUGCACCACUGUUUUUAUUUUUUGCAUCAACAUUUUUGUAGAGCAUAUUACAAAUGUGCACUUACUGUAAAAUGGACCUAUGUGUAUCUACACACGUAUGUUAUUUUACCUGCUCCCUAGGUUUUCAUGUUACGAUUUCAUUCCCUUUGAGCCCUUUGUUUAUGCAACACAUUGCCAGUAUGUAUGCAUUAUAAGUAUACAAAAACACAGUAGCCUACAGCAAAAUUAAUAUUCAGCUUUGAUUAAUAAUUCCUUUCUAACCAUAUUUUCAUCAUUUUUUUCAUGCUAAAAACACACAACAUGGUGUUGUCUCAUCUGUGGUACAGCACAUAUCAUUCAUGUUUACAUGUGAAAUACUACUUGUUUCCAUAGCAACAUGAAGGCAGCUCUGGUGGUUAUUGGGCACUGUGCAGAGUACAUUAGGCAGUGCCGGAUGACCCUAUGCUUUUCUUACCCUCAAAUGUUACUCAAUUUAAGAUGAUAUUCUGUUCAUUAUUCUUUAUUAUUUAUUUUACUUCUCUCAUAGUAUUAUUUAUUAUUUUAAACUAAUCAAAGAAAUGUUUGAAAUCAGUUAAUAUUUAUUUAUGAAGCAAAAAAUUACCAAAAAAAAAACACUUAUACAAUAUUUCACUGAUAUUAUGAGAUUGUAUGUUUCUUUAUUAACUCACAAUGCACUUGUGAACAAGUCUUCAUUAUCAUAAUGGCAAAGAUAAGCUUAGCAUCAUAAAAUCUUUUCCAGUCCUCUGCUAGGAGUCAGCUAAGAAAUAACCUGCUGUAGAUCCAAAUCUAACCUGCCUAUCCGUGUACAAUACUGACUUUUGUAUGUUAAAGUUGAAGCAAUAGCUUUUAAGCUCUGCGUUUUUUAUAACUUCUCAGUUCCAUGAAAAGACCAUCGUAUGUUUGAAUGUGUUUACAUGCAGGGAUAAUCACCUAUGGAUUUAAAUACAGAAAUGUGCUUGUCAUUCAUGGAUUAUUUUGUUGUUUCACUGAUAUUUUAGGGCGCUUACCUGACAUGUUUAUUGAAUGGUUACACCCUAUUGUUGGUAUAUGCCAGAAUCAGUCAGGGUAUAUUGCACGCACAGCCUGAGAACAGAGCAUUAACCUGUAUAUUUUUUUUCGUCAUACCCGCAUGAGGGACCUCAAUGUGCCAUACCCGUUUUUUCCAAAACUACUAAAUUUUAUCUUUUUUUUUGUUGUUGUUGAUCAUGGAAAUAUGAAAAGCCUUGUGAACAUUUGUCAUGUUGGGCUGUAAAUACACUUUGAAUGACAUAAUUGGUCAGAUAAAUACAAUGAAAGAUCAUUUCAAACCUG